AAGGACAAAAUUUUAAAAGUAUUUAGGUAUCUACUAUUGAGCUUUUGAAAAUCCCAGUAGAUGCCUGUCCGUACCUUUUAGUUGCUAAAUACUUAAAAUCUUGCCCUAAAAGCAAUUAAUUCCAUUCACUUCAGAAGGACUAGUCACAUAAGUAAGACUUUUGGUAUUGGGCCCUAAAUCUGUUUUUUCCAAGAAUUUAAUUUGCAAGAUAUCUUACGUAACUUUCAAUCCUAGGUGCACAUCUGUGACUUCACUACAUCAUCAUUUUAAAAAGGCAUGUAAUCCAUAGACCUAUACUAUGAACUCUUCUGACUGCACACUUUGCUGAAUACAUAUUUAAGUUAAAAAUGAGAAUUUCCCCAAAUUAAGAAAAUAUAAUACCGUUAAAGACUCAGUUGAGUCAUAACUGUGCUUAUUUGUAAAAAAUCCUUUUUUCUUUCAGUGUCACCAAGGCCCUGAUUCUGCUAGCUAUUGCACCUGGUCAGAUAUUUGUGUUUGUGCAAAGCCCAUAUUAUAGGAUCAGGGCCAUAGUACAACCAAUGGGAGUUAAAUACGUAUAAAGCUAAGCACACGUGUAAAUGCUUGGAAGAUGUGGUCUUCAAGGCUUACUCAAAUGAGGUCCAGGAUCAGGUCCUUACUGUUACAGUAUUUAAUUAUAAAACAUUAUUACCACAGCUAAAUUAUUUGAGGUUCUAGAGAGAUUUUAUGGCCAUCUCAUCAAAAGAACUGAAAAGGAGAUCAGAGACUACAAUUGCCACCAGGCAGACAGCUAAGAGGGGUGUAGAGGAUUAAGUGGAAAAGAGAAGAAUCCUUAGCUGCUUGAAGUAUGUAUAUUGUUUAUGGCUUUUAGGUACUCCCAGUAGUGAUGGGGAAGCUUUAUAUGAAUUUUUAAAAAAGAAAAUUAAGCAAACUUUGUUUUGUGGCUCUUCAAGCCUGGUUUAACAAUUUAAUCUCAUCUGUACAUAUGCGUAAACAUUAUGCCAAAAACUGAAAAAACCAAGAGAAAUUACUAUAAAUCAAACCUACUCCUCAUGUAUUUUUAUAGCAAUGAAAAGCCUCUAAUUCUCUUUAUAUGCAUGCCUACUAUUUCCAAGAGCCAGUACAUUUUAAAGCACUUGGCCACUAUCUCUCCACAAAUCUAUUUGAAUGUCCCUAGUUUUUUGCCCCCCAAUGUCCCUAUUUACAGCUUCAGGUAGUUGAAAGACUAUAAACACCUCCAAUUUGUGCUGGGAGCGAGGCAAGCAAGUAAAAAGAACAAUAGAAGCGAGAGAAGGUAGUAUUCAAAGGCAAGAAGAGUAAAAAUUGAGUCAUCUGUCCAGUUCUCUCCAAACGCUGUGUGGCCACCGUUUUUAAGAGUCAAGUAUCAGGGGGUAGCCGUGUUUGUCUGUAUCCACAAAAAGAACGAGUUUUUUUAAUCCACCAAAGCUUAUGGCCAAAUACAGCUGUUAGUCUUUAAGGUGCCAGGGGACUCCUUGUCGUUUUUAAGAAUGGCUGCCUAAAUAUGCCAGUCUAGAUUUUUAUAUAGGUUUGCAGAAUUCCCACAGCCCCGUUCGCAGGUGAAAAUGCUGCUUUCUUUGCUCUGUGAGAGGGGAUCCCGGAUCAUGGGACCAGCGCGUGUAGGCAGGGGGCCCAGUCCGAGUAAGAGCUGUGAGCCGCGAACACACCUCGGGCCGCCAGCCUGUGUAAGAGUCCGGAGGAACUGAGCCGGGGAGCCCGCGGAACUACUCUAGCUAGGGGGUGCCACGCCAGACGCUACCCGGCGGGCGCUGUAACCCACCCGCGGGGAUUCGCGCUCUUGAGCGCACCCCGGCCCUGGAGCGGCCCGAACUAGGGCUGGCGGCGCGCGCGCUCCCGUUUCCUCAGCCUGGCAGGCCAACCACCGCUACUGUGCGGCGGCCGUUAGAGUCCAACCGCUCUUUAGGCGCGUGCCGCCGCCGCUUCCGCGCACGCCGUGUGCAGCUGCAGGAGGGAGCAGGGAGGGCUCCGUCCCGUUCUCCCCCUCCCCCUCCGGGGUCCUGCCAGCCGCCGCCGUUGCAGCCGGUGGGCGCGCGGAGGCGAUAGCGAGUCCCCAGUGCCGAGCCGCCUCGCGCAGAGACUUUUUACCUUCUCUCGCUUUCCCCGUCGUUACCCACCAUGCUCCGGACUCCGCCGCUCGGUCGGGGAGAGGAGCCCGCGGCUGACCCGAGAGCCUGUCCCCGACGGAGAUGAGGGAGGCAGCGCCGAGCAGAAGGAGACGGAGCUGACUAGACCCACGCUCUCCCCACACCACCAUGAGGGAAGAGAGAGAAGCCGUCGCCUCCCAGCAUGGACCUAGCAAACUCCCCCAGCAGCCGCCGCAGGACGGCGGCGGGGUGGCUGCCCCCCUGGCCCGCCCCGGGAGCGGCCCGGAGAGCCUGCGGAACGGCUAUGUGAAGAGCUGCGUGACCCCCCUGAGGCAGGACCCCCCCAGGGGCUUCCUCUCCCUGCUGCUGCUCCCCGCCGCCCCCCCUCGGGCUCUGCUCAGCCUGGGCGCCCUGGCCGCCUUUGUCCUCUCGCUCCUGCUCUCCUACGGCCGGAGCAGCCCCUGGGGCCAGCAGGGAGAGAGCGGCUGGCGGGGCCCUUCGGCGCUGCGCACCCUGCUGGGACUGUCCCACUGCCUCAGUCCCCUCUUCAGCAUCGCCUGUGCCUUCUUCUUCCUCACCUGCUACCUGGCCCGGGGCAAGCGCGAGGAGCCCGGCGGCGGCGGCGGCACCGGCACCAGCCUCUGGUGGCUGCUGGCUCUGCCGCUCUGCUGUUACUCUGGGGACUUCGUGGCGCUGCAGUGGUUGUUACCCGCCGAAGGGCACCGAGACUCGCCGCAGGGCCCCGCCGAGCUGCAGAUGGUGGCAGGCCGGCUGCUGACCGUGCUGGGCUCGGUGGCGGUGCUGACCCUGCUGCAGAGCACCCUGAAACUCCGCCGAAGCCUCCUGGUCUUAGUCUUCUCCAGCCUGGUCUGGCUGGUCUCGCUCACCAGCCUCAGCUCGCUGCCCCCAAGCCUCAGACCGCUGCUGGCCGGCUCAGUCGGCAUGGCCGGCUGCCUCCUGGCAUUGCUGGGUUGGCAGCGCCGCAUCUUCUCCGCUCAGAGUCAGGGAGCGCAGCACCAGCAUCACCACCCGCGGCUUCCCAGCGUGGAGGAGAAAGUGCCUGUGAUCAGACCCAGGAGGAGGUCUAGCUGUGUGUCCUUAGGGGAAACGCCAACCAGCUACUACGGCAGCUGCAAAAUGUCCAGGAGACCCUCGUUGCCUUGUAUUUCCAGAGAACAGAUGAUUCUUUGGGACUGGGAUUUGAAACAGUGGUAUAAACCCCAUUAUCAGAAUGCUGGCAGUGGAAGUGGAGUUGAUCUUUCAGUACUAAAUGAGGCUCGCAACAUGUUAUCAGACCUCUUGAUCGAUCCAGCCCUUCCCCCACAUGUGAUUUCUUCCCUUCGAAGCAUAAAUAGUUUGAUGGGUGCUUUCUCUGGCUCAUGCAGGCCAAAGGCUAACCCGUUCACACCGUUUCCUGGCUUUUACCCAUGCCCUGAAAUGGAGGACACAGCUGAAAAAGGAGAUCGAAAGCUGCACAAGGGAUUAAAUAGCAGGAAUAGUUUACCAACACCACAGUUGAGACGAAGUUCAGGAGCUUCUGGUCUGCCACCUAUUGAACAGUCAUCUUCUAGGUGGGAACGCAAUAAUGGCAAGAGACCUCAUCAAGAAUACAAUACUUCAAGCCAAGGAUCCCAUCCAAACGGGCCUUUCAGUACAAAUCUACUGACAAUACCAAAACAAAGGUCAUCUUCGGUGACAUUGACUCAUCAUAUAGGUCCCAGACGAACUGGUACUUCCUCUAGCCUGAGUCCUGUUGGUUCAUCUAGUCAUGGGUCUAUCUCCAGUGGGUCCCUUGUCAGUCGGUCACCUGUAGAAUUUCCUGAUACUGCUGAUUUUCUUACUAAGCCAAGUGUUAAUUUACAUAAACCUCUGGGAUAUACAUUUAAUUCUCCAGAUUUUCAGCAACAAGUUAAAGCUUCUACAAGCUAUACUUGUAACAGCUGUGGACAUCAACUUCUCAAGCGUGUUUCAACAUCACAGUCAGAGUCUGGGGCAGAAUAUCAAGGCAGAAAAUCAGGUGAAGAUGGAACCACUGGUAUUUCAAAAGAGUCAGUCCACCAUACAGAAGGACGGAAAGAUGAAAGAAAAGAAAGUAGAGACUGCAGAAAAAUGUUGAUAGAAAGUGACAAUCAGCAAAUGGCUCAAACACAGAAUAACCAGCAAUCUGAUGUGGAACAAGAUCCUUCUUUAGAACUGAUGAUAACAGAAGAUCAUGAAUCAUUAAUGGAGAAGAUGAACAACUGGAAUUUCCAAAUUUUUGAUGUAGUGCAAAAAAUGGGAGACAAGUCUGGAAGGAUCCUUAGCCAGGUGACAUACACCUUGUUCCAAGACACUGGCUUGUUUGAAAUUUUCAAAAUUCCAACACAAGAAUUCUUGAAUUACUUUUGUGCACUAGAAAAUGGCUACCGAGAUAUUCCCUAUCACAAUCGUGUACAUGCCACAGAUGUUCUUCAUGCAGUAUGGUAUCUCACAACACGGCCCAUUCCUGGGUUUCAGCAAAUUCACAGUGAUCAUAUAAUGGAAAGUGACAUGGAUGCAGAGAGUGAUAUUGCCCCUGGUCGAGUCAGUUAUAUUUCUUCAAAGAGCUGCUCUAUUGUUGAUGACAACUAUGGAUGCAUGGCAUCAAACAUUCCUGCCCUGGAGUUGAUGGCUCUGUAUGUAGCAGCUGCCAUGCAUGAUUAUGAUCAUCCAGGUCGUACAAAUGCUUUUCUAGUUGCUACAAAUGCACCUCAGGCUGUGCUCUACAAUGACAAAUCAGUCCUAGAAAACCAUCAUGCUGCUUCUGCAUGGAAUCUCUUUUUAUCUCGACCAGAAUACAACUUUCUACCUAAUCUUGAUCAUGUGGAAUUCAAACGGUUUCGUUUCUUAGUGAUAGAAGCAAUCCUUGCAACAGAUCUCAAGAAACAUUUUGAUUUCCUUGCUGAAUUUAAUGCCAAGGUCAAUGAUAUAAACAGUCACGGUAUAGAAUGGAACAAUGAGAAUGACCGCCUGCUCGUUUGUCAAAUAUGCAUCAAAUUGGCAGAUAUUAACGGCCCAGCAAAAGUUAGAGGUCUGCACCUGAAAUGGACAGAAGGCAUUGUUAAUGAAUUUUAUGAGCAGGGUGAUGAAGAAGCAAGCCUUGGAUUACCUAUCAGCCCCUUCAUGGACCGUUCUUCUCCUCAACUUGCAAAAUUACAAGAAUCUUUUAUUACUCACAUAGUUGGCCCCCUUUGUAAUUCCUGUGAUGCAGCUGGCUUGCUUCCAGGCCGAUGGCUUGAUGCAGAGGAGGAUGAUAUAGAAAGUGCUGAAGAUGAAAAUGGAGAAGAAAUAGAGAGUGAAGAUGAAGAAAUGGAAGAUGAUUUUGGUCAAAAACUACAAAGAAAAAAAGGCAGAAGGCGAAUAUUUUGCCAGCUAAUGCACCAUCUGAGUGAAAAUCACAAAAUAUGGAAGAAUGUGAUCGAAGAAGAAGAAAAAAAUAAAGCUGAAGGGAGUAAACUGCAGCCAGAUAACUCAUCCUUACCUCAAACAGAUGAAAUUCAGGUUAUUGAGGAAGCAGAUGAAGAAGAGGAACGACAGCUAGGAGAGGAGAAAUCAUGUUGAGAAGAUUUCAAACUGAUGUAUAAUACAAUAGCAGAAAGCAUAUAUUCAGUUUUCACUGUGCUGACUAUGGACUAACACAGUUAACAUGCAGUUGAAAGGCCUUAAUACUGUGAGAGGAUUCUUGCUGCUCUAGCAGAAUCCCACUCCUAUGCACUUUCACCACAUGGAAUAUAAAACUUUAUGCAAAGAUUGACUAUCGUAUACCAUCAUGCAAAGUUCUCCUUGCCCUUCUUGGUGUACAAAUACCUUAAUAUAAUGCUGCCUUGCUGAAUUCAGAGCUCUUAUUUUCCAUGAGGUACCUCCAGUUUUAAAGAAAAUUCAGUGACUUCAUUUACCAAAGUGGCCAGAACUUUUUACUUAUGUGGAAACGUUGGGUAGAUCCUAAUAAUAUUUUGAGAUUUGUACUUCAUGUUAUUUUUGAACAUGAAUAUAAAAAGGAAGUCUGUGCCUGUAUGAAAACCAAUAUUAAUGUUGCAGUACAAACCUGAUUGGGGGUCUUUACUCAGUGCAAUGGUUUACCUAAUGCAGUUAUCUCAGAUUGGUUUAACCAUUUGAUGACUGUGAAACAAAAGCUAAAUUCUAAUUUUUGUGGUUUAAAAAAAUCCCAGGUGCAUCUGUUUCUGAUGCUUUUUACUGUUGUGCAUAAUAUGCCGUUUUUAUUUUUGCUGAAAAUAUUCAGGUUUGCAAUGGGUAUUCAUGACAGUUGUUGAAUACAAGGCUCUCAUUAUAUAUUGCCUUGCUGUUCUGUGGUAGAACAUUUUAAAAACUGUUCAAUUAUUUUAAUUAUGAAGGGAUUUUAUUUUUAGUCAAUAAUGCUAUAUGUUCCACUCUUACUCAGGAUUCAUGUUAAAAAAAUGUUAAUUUACCACACAGCAGAUUUUAUAUAAUUUAAAAUCCUGCACCAAUGUUAGAUGUUAAUUUUUUGAGGAAAAUAAGAUCAUAAUUCAUUUAUUCUUUGUACGUAGAACUUCAGGAGAAUUAAAGUUUCGGGUUUUGUUUUUUGUUUUUUUUAAAAGCUAUUGUUUCAAAAUGGCAAGUGUUCCCAGCCCCUAUAAAAUCAUGCAUAGAUACGUACCACAAAACAUAGUGUAAACCACUCAUGCUAGAGAUAAACAACUUAAAAACUUUUUACUACUGUUUUGAAAGAACAUGCAUACAUUGAAUAAAGAAUGUAUUACAGUGUUGUCAUUGGAAUGUCACCAUCUCUAUAUGUCCCAUAUUUUAGUGCACUUUAAUCUUUCAUUUUCCAUAAUACACACAUCAUAUAUUUCCUUGAAUCAGAUGUACAUCCUGGCCAGUACAUAUAGAAUGCAGAACAUGACUACUAUGUAUUUGUAAUACCCCACAGCAGUGUAAAUACAGUUACUGUAUUACAGAAUACAUAGGGGUUUAGGUGUUUAAGUGAGAAGUCUAAACAUUUCACAGAAGUUAUCAGGACAAGUAUCAUUGUGAGGAUAAUUGCAAAGAAACUGCAUAAACUAGUUAGGCUGCAAAUAUGUAAUUUUCUUAUGCAAACAGUAAACUACACUAAUUUUAAAUGAGUACCUUUUAAUAUCAAACAAGUCUUUACAUUCUGCACAGUGAAUAAAUUCAGACAUUUGUUUUUGUUAAUCUUGCAGACUGUAUCUAAAUUUAUCUCUGUGUAUACCUUCAUCUCAAUUGAGUAAAAAAAUGUAAUCUUCUUAAGAUAAACUUAGUGUAAACCAUUAUGUUAUACAUCACAUUUUGUUAUGAUUUUUAAUCUAAUUUUGUACAAUUGGCCAAUCUAAAUUACUAGAAAUGGGAGCUCUGAGUUGUUUUUGUCUCAGACACUUGUGUUAUUUAUUAUAGAGAGCCAGUGCCAAAUUCCCCUGCUACUGCUAUCAUUGCUACCACCACAUCUUUUGUAACACCUAAGCAGUGUUCCCACCAAAUAUUUCUGCCGGUAAUAAAAUUUAGAAAAUGUAAGUUGA